AUGAUGCCCUUUAAAACUAUAAAGGGGAACGACGGCGUUUGGGUAUUUCAUCAUUCAUACUCAAGCUACCAGUUACUAGACCUCCAGAAGACAUCAUGCUCUUUAAUACCUUCACCCCUAUCUCUCGAGUUUCUUCUACAGGAUGCUCCUGCACGUCGUGCAAGUGCACCAGCUGCACCUGCGGGACCGCCCCUGUUAACGAGGCAGGAUGUGGAAGCACAACCUGCAAUUGCACCAACUGCGCGUGCAAGCCUGAGGAAUGCAAGUGCUAAGUGGACAGAGUAUAGUACCCGCUCUGGACAUCCGAAGGCAUGGCUUGAGGAAUUUUCAUAG